UUCAGGCAUAAAUCAGAAGUAAGAUUGAAACAAUUUGCUAGAAAGUUUUCCUGAGUCACCUUGUUAUUUGUUAGAGCAAUGGCAUCUAAUAAACCCACCCAGUUUUUCUUUUCAAUGUUGAUAGUGUUGCUAUCGAUAAGUGGAAACAAGAAUCAAGUUGAGGCACGACGUCUAUUGGAAACCUCAUCUGAGGCUCCAACAUUUCCAAAGUUAGAACUUCCACCAAAACCUGAGUUGCCAACACUACCUAAGCCAGAGCUCCCUCUGAAACCUGAGGUGCCAACAUUGCCAAAGCCAGAACUCCCACCAAAACCCGAAUUACCUAAGCCCGAGGUGCCAAAACCUAAGGCACCAACAAUGCCAAAACCAGAGCUUCCGCCAAAACCUGAAUUAUCUAAGCCUGAGUUGCCUACAAUUCCAAAACUUGAGGUGCCUACAUUACCAAAGCCAGAAUUCCCACCUAAAAUUGGACCUUCAACAUUAUCGAAACCAGAGCUGUCGCCAAAGCCCGAACUACCUAAGCCUGAGGUGCCAACAUUGCCGAAGCCAGAACUUCCACUGAAACCUGAAUUGCCUAAGCCAGAUUUUCCUACAAUGCCAAAACCUGAGUUGCCUGCAGUGCGAAAACCAGAAUUCCCACCAAAACCUAAAUUGCCUAAGCCAGAGUUGCCAACAAUGCCAAAACCUGAACUGCCAACAAUUCCAAAGCCUAAACAGCCAACUUUGCCGAUGCCAGAAGUUCCUAAAAAGUCUGAACUCCCCAAGCCCACAUUGCCAGAAGUUCCAAAGUCUCCAUGAAUCAUCUACUUCAACUAAGUAAUCGAACAUAUGAAUUUUAUAGAAUUAAAUUGUUGGAUUAGUUUAGGAUUCAACGAAUCAUCUUUCAAUAUGAUUUGUUCAUGUAAUAAUUUUAUUUGUCUUCGUGUUC